AUGAGAGAACUCACCUUCCGUGUACAUUUUAAACUUAAGCAACAUGAGAGAACUCACACUGGGGAGAAACCAUAUGUCUGCCAUCUAUGUGGGAAAUCCUUUAAUCAAAGUGGUAGCCUUAGGCAACAUGAGAGAACUCAUAUUGUGGAGAAACCAUACAUCUGCAAUCUAUGUGGGAAAUCCUUCAGUCUAAGUGAAAAGUUUAGGCAACAUGAGAGAACUCACACUGGGGACAAACCAUAUGUCUGCCAUCUGUGUGGGAAAUCCUUUAGUCAGUGUGGUAGUCUUACAAUACAUGAGAGAACUCACACUGGGGAGAAACCAUAUGUCUGCCAUUUGUGUGGGAAAGCCUUCCGUGUAAGCUCUAAACUUAGGCAACAUGAGAGAACUCACACUGGGGAGAAACCAUAUCUCUGCCAUUUGUGUGGGAAAGCCUUCCGUGUAAGCUCUAAACUUAGGCAACAUGAGAGAACUCACACUGGGGAGAAACCAUAUGUCUGCCAUCUAUGUGGGAAAUCCUUCAGUCAGCUUAGUAGCCUGAGGGGACAUGAUAGAACUCACACUGGGGACAAACCAUAUGUCUGCCAUUUUUGUGGGAAAUCCUUCCGUCAUAAUAGUAACCUUAGGGAACAUGAGAGAACUCACACUGGGGAGAAACCAUAUGUUUGCCAUCUAUGUGGGAAAUCCUUCAGUCAUUGUAGUAGCCUGAGGGGACAUGAAAGAACUCACUCUGGGGAGAAACCAUAUGUAUGCCAUUUGUGUGGGAAAUCCUUCCAUCAGAAUUGUAACCUUAGGCAACAUGAGAGAACUCACACUGGAGAGAAAUAAUAUAUAUGCCAUCUAUGUGGGAAAGAGUUCCCUAAUAAUUCUAACUUCAAACAACAUAUGAGAACUCACACUGGGUAGAAACCAUACAUCUGCCAUCUAUGUGUGAAAUCCCUAAGUCAAUAUGGCAUCUGUAAGUAACAUGAGAGAACUUACACUGGGGAGAAACCAUAUAUUUGCAAUUUAUGAGGAAAUCCUUCAGUCAUUGUGGUACCUUUAGGCAACUUGGUGAACUCACAUUGGGAAGAAACCAUAUGUCAGCUUUCUUGCAGGAAAGACUUCACUGAUAGAGUGAUCCUCAGACAACAUGAGAUAACUGCCACUGGGGAGAUAUGCCUGUGAUCUCUGUGGGAAAAUCUUUAUAAUAAUUCUGCCAGUAGGAACAUUAUGGAACUCAGUGAAUAUGUUGGGCAUAUGGAAGAGUUUUCAGACACACCUACCAACUUUAAAAGUAAAAACUCACACAGGAGUGUCAUCAAUGUCUAAAAGCCUUUAUUUACAAUGUAUCCUAAAUAACAUGAUUGCACUAUCCUGGGAGGAACAGUAUAUAAUUACCUAUAAUAGAUUUCAGCUGAAUUCCAGCAUUUGUGUAUGCAAGCAUAGCUCAGGCAUUGGAGUUGGAAUAACUCCAAAAACAGAAAACUGGAUAGGAAAGACAUUAUCAGUAGGAGGAAACUCUUAGAGAACUCUAGGACAUAAUUAUUGGUGGAAUAAUUACUCAGUGGAGAAAUGUGUGAAAUCUUUUUCUUACAGAGCAAUAUGUCAAAUACAUGUGAAGUUUCCCAUUUUGUAAAAUAUUCUCUGUAUAUGUAUAGAAUGAAGAAAAGUCUUUGGUGGCUUUGAAUUUACUCCUCAAAGUUUAAUUUCCCAUAAUGAGGAAAUGUCAACACUGAAAUCAAAUAAAAAAGGGUUCAGCUGGAGUUCACAUCAGGAACAUUAGACUAGGAAAAACAUCAAAAAUGAAUGUUUUACAACACAAUUCAAUCAUGCAUUCAGAGUUUUGCCUAGUAAAUUAUAAUGAGAAACAAAUUAAGACAUAUGAUUGUGAUGUGAUCUGGGAGUGCUGAAUGCAGAAUUUUGUAUUGAGUUGUAGGCAAGGAAAUCAAUGUUUUUUCUCAAAGUUUUGCAAAUACUUAUGAAGUAAAAGCUGUAGCUGAAAAUUCUAUAAUGUUCAGCUUCCAUUUUUUCACAGAAAUCUAAACAUAAAUAUGAUUGUUAAAGCAGAGAACUUUGAAUAUUAAGAGAUGAAUAUACAGAAGAUUAUGCAUCAUAAAUGUUACAUAAUCUGAACAGGUAUGAAUCCAACAAUAAUGGACAGAAUAUAAAUUAAUAGAUAACUUUGGGUUCAUUUCUGGUGAUACAUACAUUUUCCUUUACACUGUCCAUAUACGUCUUGUACCUUAAAAUGGAAUUAAAAUGAACUCUUAAAGGUAUAAUAAUAAGGUUGUAAAUCAUGGAGUAUUGGGUAGCCUGAUGAUGGAUAAUCUCCCAAUCUUGGUCAGGCAUUGGGGUCAUUCCCUUCAUUAGAAAUAGGUUUGGGGAAUCAGAGAUGGCAGAUUAGGAGAGAUGGAACAAAAUUAUCCCCUGUGGAAAACACUAAGUAAAUGACAAUGUGCUCCAGAAUAGCAGUUCCAGGCUUCCACCUGCUUGGCAAAGACUUCUACAUACAUAGUGGCUGUGGUCUUGGAGAAACCAGGAGACUGCAUUUGGAAUCAUGUGAGUGUUUAAGGUCCCUGGUGAAGUGGAAGCCAGUGUCAUGCCAUGGUGGGGAGAAACAGAGACAGUGUUUGGAGGCAGGUUAGUGUAAAACCUGGAAAGCAGCUGGGGAGCUGGCAGUGAGAGCCACACUUGAGAAUGGUGGGGAGUGCCUUCCUUGCCCUGGGCCCCUGACUCUGUAUCUGACAUGGGUGAUAGCCCUUUGCACACCCACAGGUAAAAGCCCUCAUGCUGGGGAAGAGCUGUAUCACAGAAGUUGGUAAUUCCCACACCCUGUACAGAUAUCUUUGCAGUGGAGACUCCCCUUCACAGUGCCAUGGCUGAGAGAUUUCUUAGGGAUUUUGCUGGCCUGUGCCAGCACACACUCUUCUGCCCAAGCCCACAGAAUGCACAGCCUAGAGGCAGGGGUGCCACAUGGAAUUGGCAGAAGCCCUACACCAAUCACAGGGAUUGUGGGCCCAGAGCAGAGAGGGUCUGUAUGGAAUCUGAGCUGAAGGGUUAGAUAUGUACUGCACCCCCAGGUCAUUCCAGCCCCAGCCCAUGGAAUGGAGGGAGAACUUGGUCUUAAAACCAUCUUCCCUGGCAAACUACACAGGGCAAACCCCUCACCUACAGGGCUGGUGGUCCGCACAACAUAUGGAAAAUUAAUGCAACAAUUGGAUCUCCACUAGUUAUGAAUGCCACCCACUGCAUAAAUGAAGUUGGGGAGAAUCGGUUUGACUGUAAGUCAUGGCUCAGGAGUGCUACCUGCUGGUAGUUUAGGGAUAGUGCACUCCAUCAUGCUGUAGCUCUAUCAAAUUAUAGAUAAUUGUUUAAAUAAGCCUGCAUAGCCUAAAAGGACCCCACCAAGAUAAGAAAUGCAAAGAGGCCAAAUGCAACAGGAAAUUUUAAAGCUUAUGAAGAAACAGAAGGUAAGAAUAACACAAACACCUGAACUCAAAAACCAGAGGAGACAGAGACCUUGGAGCAAUUAACCAAAGAAGUAAUCACAAACACCAAUAUCAUGGCUCAGGAUAUAAAGGACAUCAAGGAGACCAUU